CUGUAGUGCUUUCAAACAGGAAGUGCUGGGUGAAGCUCCUCGCGCAUCAAUGCUGCAUUCAUUUCUUCUGGCCUGCCGUUGAGUGGAGUAAGAUGAAGAAAAUACAAAAGGAUUGCUGGUACUUCAUGGUACUUAUGAUUCUGCUCGGUUCUAUCAGAGAUGCAUGCUCAGAGAAGCUUGUGGACUCCAUGGUGAGGCUGGAGCGGAGUAUAACUCUGGAAUGCCUCUGUCCUUGGAGUGGAAACCUCAGCAUGAUAGCCUGGGUAAAGAUGCCAGGAAAGAAACAAGUCGCCGCCUUUCACCCGGAAUUUGGCCUUGCGACAUCUGAUGAAUACAAGGGAAGAGUGAACUUCUUGACCUCCUCCCGGAUGGAUGGAACCAUUACCAUCCUUAACACCACGGCCAGUGACGCUGGACUCUACCAGUGCUCCGUGCAGACAUUCCCCAGGGGAUCGUGGAUCAAAAACAUACUUGUGAAACAUCUAGUGGACAUAGACCUGAGUAUGGCAGACCCUAAGGGUGUUAAAAAGGGUAACACUUUCCUACUGAAUUGCAACUAUGCGGAUAUGGGGUCAGUCUACAACGUGACCUUCGAGAAGGUCGGGGAGAAAGGCAUCGACACGAUAGCCCGGUGCAGUAGGGUGGAGGGGAGGGUGGAGGAGACCUUCGUGGGAGUGGACUUCAAGGAAAGAGCACUGGUGAACUGUAGUGACGUGCUGGGCAUCAGCCUGAGGCUGCUGGAUGUGACAGAGCAGGACGAGGGGUUUUACAGCUGCCACUUCAGCGCUGAGGCCAGUGGGCAGACCACCACGGUGUCGCUGACCGUGUCAACAGAGGGUAGUUCUAUGAGCAUUUCUCCUGAGAUCUACAUGUACAUAUUUAUCGGAAGUGGAGUAUUAGGACUUAUUUUAAUCAUCUUGGCGACCACAUUGAUUUGCUGGCACAAGAGAAAGAAGAGGGCAAAAGUCAGAGCCAAGCUCCACCCUAUGCAAAGACGGCUGAUCAACAACUAUGAGCAGGCAGCUCUUUAUGACAAAAUGAAAAAGAAAAACAAGCACCAGGAAGAAAGCCAAGUGUAUGUCAACAUACCACGACAAACCAAGAGGAAGACAUAAGAUCCCUUUCAUAGCUGUCUGAGAUGUGAUCACCAUUCUAAUGAACGUUCAAGGGAAGUUUAAGCAGGACCACGGGCUCUUCCCACUGCCCAACUCAGGAGACAUCUCCAACUGCACCAUCCCGUUUCCCUGAUGUCAUCAUUAAUCUGAUUUCUUUGAGACUGAGAAUGUACUGUACUGUGAAUUUCAGGGAACCUAACCUAAUUUAGAAGCAAUCAUCCUUUUUCAAAGGUGUUCUUUUACAGCUGAACUCUCAAUACACAGCACAUAGAUUAACAGACUAAUUUAUGCUUUGCAUAAUUAAUGAAACUGCGUACAUGGGGAAAUCAAGGUAAAAGCAAUAUUGUUCCAGUAAAAAAUCUACUCACCCAUGUUCCUGUUCUGCAUAAUAUGGGCAAUAUAAUCUAAUAAUUAAAUUCCAUCCAUAAUUUUUUAUAUACAUAAUAAAUAUCACUCCGUUAAAAAGAUUUGGCAAGAUUUCUUCUGAAUCUGUAUUUUACCAAGCCUCUGGAAAAUGCUGUAGUUGACUGUGAAAUGGAAGUGAAAAUCCACUGAUGGAAUAUGAGAGAGAACAUGAAAAUGGAGAAAAUCCUGAGGAAGGCAGUAUGUUGUGCUGGCCUCACACCCCCAGCAGUGACUUUUCAGCCCUGAAACGGUUGCCCUGUUGGGGAAGAAUAACCAUACCCUGCAGCUUCAAAGGACGAACACUUCUGGCAGCCGUUCCAUUGUCAAUACACAGACAGAAACGCACACAGAAUGGUGGCAGGUGUGUUGUCCAGUGUCAGAAGACUAAAAAAGCAAGACAAUGUUCCUUCGGAAUACAGGGUCCUUCACUGGAGCCAUUUGUUAUCCAUUUAUUCAUUUCGCUCCUCUCCCCCCCCCCCCCCCAAGCAUACUUGUCUUGUGAAAAGUGAUUUAUUUUCUGGAAAUUACAUUUCCAAUGUUGUCUUUCCUGUAGUGUUGACAUUAUCGUCUUAGAGCAGUCAGUUCUGUGUAAGACUAAUAAGAGUACACAUUAAGUUGGAUCAGAACCUCAGGAAAUGUUUUCUUCGUCUCCUGCAAAAACAUUCAGUGGCAAAUGUGCUGUAAAGGUGUUACUGUAACUAAAUGUGUGCUCUGUGUUGACUAAAAAGGCAAGACUUUGCUAAACCUUCUUUGUGCUGAACUAUUUAUAAAAUAAAUACAAAACAU